AUGCAGCUGCAGUGGGGAGGGCGGGCAUUUUCGCGAUCGCGAUUCGGUGCCUGCGUCGGGGGCACGGGGGGAAUGCAAAGACUAGAAUACUCACCCGGCGAGUUUAUCUACACCACCAAGGCUAAGGCUGCGCAGUCGACCGGGUCAGAACUGACGCUAUCGCAACCCGUCGAUCCUUUCUCCUCCUUAUCCUCCGAUCAAAAAGCCUUAUUACACCACUUCAUAAAUGAUGCCUCUCAGAUCACGGCGUGUCAUUCAGGUAUGCAGCAGGACAUAUGUCGUAUGCUGGUCCCAAUGGCGCUCCAGACUCCCUCGUUACUAUACGCCACCACCGCUCUGUCAGCGAUCCAUAUCCAAGCCUUACACAACCAGUCGGACUCUGUCAAGUCAGCACCGGAUAUUGCACGGCUGAUGGCUCUUAGUCUAGAGCAUUUCCGCACUGAGUUACAAAACCCUUCGUCCAAGGACUCUGAGGCCCUGGUGGCGACUGCCCGGACACUAUGUCUCGCGGAGAUCCACUCUGGGGCCAUCAACCCGAAUUCGUGGAGGGCACAUAUUGACGGAGCGAGAGCGUUGAUGAGGGCAUCGGAUGCUGCAGGGGAAGAUUCGCUGCGGUCUGCAAGCGGGUUCCGAAGAUAUCUGGAUCGUUGGUAUUGGUCGAUUGUCUCGCUCACAGCUUUAACCGGAAAUGGACCUCCGAUUGGAGAUACCUCGGACUUUGUGUCAUCUGAUCUGAUGGGAAUGGGCGGGUCUCCAGACUACCUGGAUGACUAUUGGGGCUUCAGCGUUGACCUCGCGGCCGUUUUCCGGCAGAUCGGGGCUGCUGCCUGGCGCAAUCACGAAGCUGAGCAGGCCACCGGAGGCUUUGUGGCGGGAGAAGUCGACAGCAAUGUUGAGAACGAUGCUGAAUCCCUGGAACUUGCGAUUCGGCAGCUUAUGAACCGUGAUUCAAGCUCACAGCCUUCAUUUUACCCUGGUGCUGCAGAGGGCUUAUCCGCAGAAAGUGCUCAGCAGCUUCUGCUGUGUAAUGAAGCUUUCCAGCACAGCGCACUCAUUCAGAUACAUCGGCGACUGCGCAAAACACCUACUUCAUCGCCGGAGGUACAGCAGUCAGUGCAGCGCAUUCUGGAAUGCACUGCACAGAUUGGUCCUUCGUCUGGCCUCACACCUUGGGUGAUGUUGACGACGCCUAUUUUCAUUGCUGGCUGUGAAGCACGCGGCCAGGACAGGGAUACAGUCAGACAGCUUCUCUCAUCCUUACACGACACCAUUCGCGUUCCCAAUGUUUUACAGUCACUCAAAUUCCUCGAGCAGUAUUGGUCAGAUCAGCUCGGCGAGGAAGAAGACUGGAGUCAAUUCCUUGACCGGAUGCAGUUUGACUUUAUUCCUUACUAA